AUGUCGCCGUAUUAUUUUUAUAUUUUAGCGGUAUUAAAGUUUUCAGCGGUUUUUUCUGUAGAUACUGUCGAUAAAAGAGCUUUGCAACCAUCUCACGAGAAAUCCCAACAAGAAAAAUGGGUUGACGCUUUUUUAACUAAAAACCAAGGUGACCACCAGGUGGAUUUGGUAAGGCUGUUGAAACAAAUCACAAAGUCUUACCUCUCAGAUUGUACGCCAAUUAUUUUAUUUGACACUUUUACAGAAAAAAAUGAUAAUCUGCUAUUAGAAAAGCUAUUAACAAACUUUCCUACUGCUUAUGUACACGGACAAAUCACUGAAGACUACCAGGUGCUGCUGAAGAUUUCAACAGAUAAAAUUCAACCGUCUUGUGUCAGUUAUCUUUUGUUCAUGAAAGAUGUCAUGAAAUCUAAAGAUGUAAUAGGGGUUCAGAGCUCUAAUAAAGUUCUUGUGAUAGCUCGCUCUUCGCAAUGGAGAGUUUUUGAGUUUUUAUCGAAUGAAGAAUCCAGGUAUUUUGUUAAUUUGUUGGUUAUAGUGCAAUCUGAAAGAAUGAUGACUACAAAUCAGGAAGCUCCUUACAUUUUAUAUACGCACAAGCUGUAUACAGAUGCCUUAGGAUCGAGUAAACCAAUUGUGUUAUCCAGUUUUCAAGAAGGCAAUCUAACAAGAAAAGUAGAUUUGUUUCCGGCAAAACUAAGUGGAGGCUUCUCUGGACAUCGAUUUAUAGUUUCAAUGUCACAUCAGCCACCUUUCGUCAUUUCAAUGGGAAGAACAGCAGAAGGAGAAAAAAUUUUCGAAGGUAUCGAAAUUAGAUUGGUUGAUUUGUUAUCAAAAAUGUAUAAUUUUACAACAGAUUACAGAGAAGCAACGGAAGAUUCUCAAGUGGGGUCAACAGAAGCAGUAACAAGAACUGUCGAAAAGAAAAAAGCUAACAUAGGUAUCGGUGGUAUAUAUGCUACUCCUGAGAAAAUAAGUAGAAUGGGUCUAACCACAUGGCAUUCACGAGACUGUGCUUCAUUUAUAUCACUUGCUUCGACAGCUUUACCUAGGUAA